UUGACUAAGUUGCCGCAUGUCAUCGUAAUUGCGUACAUUCGAUGCUUAUGAUGUUGAUUACUUGAUUGUUUGGUUAAGAUUCUAUUCUGUACAAACUCGGUUACAGCUGGACUAUUGCUGAGUGUGGCGUUAAACAACAACCAAACCAACAAACCAGUGCAGGAUGAGCUGUGUGCCAGGAGUUACACUGACAAUGUUAUAAAGUAGCACAAAGGUGACUGCACGUAACGACAAUGAAGGAACAGAAACAAGGAAAAGAAAACGUCAUGAACACGUUUAUCUGGCCGUGAUAUGGGCUAGUGAACACUGAUACCGCACAGUACAAAGUUGUGAAAACAGUCAACACCACGCUAAAUACGACUGCUAUCGAUGAAGCUAGAUCACAAAGUGAUGCAUCCAAUCAUCCUGAAGGGCUUUGUCUUCAUGAUACACACCAUCUAUACAAUUAACCUGGCACAGAGUGGCACAGCUCAAGUAAAUUGUCCUGACAUAGCAUUUUUCGAUGACUCUGUCCGAAUUACCUGUUCCACGUCUGUCAACUUCACUAAUAUCAUUUACACCUGCCCGUGUGGACCAGGACCACAGUGUUCCCCGUCAUUCUGCACCAAUCUAACUGGCUAUAAUACUAGCAUCGUCAGCAGAACUCAGACAGAGCUUACAAUACACAGUGCACAGCCACGCCAUGCAGGGAACUGGUCAUGUUCUGAUGGAGGAGAUGAAGGGAAAUCCUUUUGUAAUCUCAUCCUCACAAAGAUUCCCACGGUCAAUAUAUCCAGUGACGUGGAUGUUGAUUGUGUGAAUCUGGGUAACCGAAUAACCCUCACAGUGGACAUUGGAGGCUACUACUGCUCUGGGGCCUUACGCCUAACACUACAGGUUGGGAGUGUCAACUAUACACUUGGGUCUGGUAGGAACAAUACCAACAUGACCCUGACCGACACCAUACCCAUUAAUGUGACACAAACACACUUCGGGGACUUGACGCUUGUCUUUGCCUGUGACAACCAUCAGUGGAAAAUUACACCUGAAGGUUUACAAGAGCUACAGCCAAACAGAAGUAAUGCACCAACCACUCUUUCCCCAGGAACUACUGCUACAGGAAGUACGCCGCCGUCAUCGGACGCUUCAACUCUGUUGAUAAUUGCAGUAGGAGCUUCUUCAGGUGUUAUUAUCGUCAUAAUCAUCACUGUCAUCUGCUGCUUCUGUCGCUGUAAGAAACAAGCAAAUACAGAUGUGAAACACCCUUCUAACCAACCUUCUGAACCUCCCAAUGUGUCUGUUGGAGGAUUAUCCUGUGGGGGUUAUUCCGAAGUUAUUAUUGGAUAUCACCACGAAAGGAAGUGUAGCAAGCAGCAAGGCAACUCACAGAGCUGUGCCUCCAAGUGUAUGGGCGUAGCACUGAACGAUCCUGUCCAUGAUAGCAACGGGAAGGAGGAAUCAACAUAUGACAGACUGUACAUGAGCUAAACUCAUAAACCAUAGCAGAAUGUACACGUUACCCUGCAGUGAGAUACACACAUUAGCAUAGUUAGUGAUCUAACAAGUUAUGUAACAAGAGCAACUAAAUACAAUCUGAAUUUGUGUAGUCUAAUGUGUGUAACAUGUUCAUGACCUUCGUGCUUUGUUUAUACCUUUAACAUUUAGGCUCAUGUUUAAAAAGACAAGAGCUUAUAUGUUGUUCAGGAUAGGGUCACACUUUAACUGCAGCAAAAACAUUUUCUAUGUUAACAAUUGCUAAAUAUUUUCACGGGAACUGUCACAAUACGGAACUUUUGAUUUCGGUUUCAUUUGUUGUUGUUUUGCUUACUUUCGUUUGUUCAAGCAGAUUCACUUAGCUACAUUUGCAUUCGCUUGUCGCAUGAUCACCGGAUGUAUUUACGUAUGCACGACAGGCUUUUAGCUCACGCUACCAAGAAUAUCCAGCCCAUUCAAUCACUCACCACAUGUGCUUUGAAGUCAGUUGCAAUCUUAAUGCUGUAGUUAUAUGUUCAUUUCUUGCGUGUGUUUACAUAACUUAGUUCUUAUUUACGCCAACAUACUGUCGUGUGUGUGUGUGUGUAUAUAUAUAUGUAUAUACCUACACGCACAUACUGUAUAUGUAUAUAUAUAUAUAUAUACAAUGUUUACUGACUCCGCAUUUUUCAUGCCAUUGAAGUAGGUUCAAAUGAGUAUGUUUUUGAAAAACACUUAUAAAUAUGGAGAAUGUAUUUCAGGUGAAAAACACUGAGAUGGUGAUGUGAUAGUCACUUUAAGCAUUGGACAAAUCUCAUAGUAAACGUCUGUCCUAUGAACUGAAUCUUAAAGCAGUAGUUUGGUAAUGUGUUCGUCAGAAGAGAUGUGAAACAGCGCUAGCAUGAAGCUUUUGUCACGUUUAUUCACUGGUUCCAGUUACCCUACAUAUGUUCCAAUAAUACAGUUGCCAGCUCGAAUUGUGAACUACCGUGAUUCACAUAAACAUUCAAAUAUUUCGACUUCCUUAAAGAUUUCUCACUUUUGUCGCCUGUUUGGUGAACGUGUAUAUGCUUUUGAAAAAUAAAACUCAAUUAAAACUC